ACACAAAAAUGAAAUUUUUGUUCGUGAUUUGUUUGGUUGUGGCGCUAGCUGGCGGGAUAGUUGCUCAUGGGAUCAAAGGUGAACCAAUUCCUUAUUCAACUGAGACAAUUUGGGGAGAAUGGUUUUCCUGUGAUAUCGAACGAUGUGCAUCUGAUUGCCGUAAAAAAUGUGAGGACCUCGUCGGCUUUUCGUGUACGAAACCGUGGUGGAAUCCCAAAUAUAGUUGUGUCUGCAAGUGCCCGCUGAAUCUGGAAGAAUUAUUCGAAAAAGAAUAAUAAUUUCAUUCUCUUAUUUUAAGCAAAGAUGAAUAAAUGGUUAACUUU